GUCAUGUGACAGCUCAAAAUGGCGGAGGCUGAAGUUGUUAAACUUCAAAGCCACCUGCGUCUUCUACGGGAAGAGUAUGUCAAACUUCAGUCAAAAUAUGCAGAACUUGAGAAAAAAUACCAGGUGGCAGUGGCAGCAUCAGGACAAACCAGUGGCAGUAGCUUCAUUUCCAGGCUUCUAACCACCAUUGCAGACUUAUUUGACAAAGAAUUAUACAGUGACCUGACUAUCCACUUAGAUGGUCAGCAGCUCCAUGCCCACAGGUUUGUCCUUGCAGCCAGGAGUGACCACUGGGGAGUGCCAGACCUGGGGGCAGUCACAGAACUGGACCUAACUGGUAUAAACCAUGAGGUCUCAUUUGCUCUGGUAAAAUGGGCAUACACAGAUCAGAUUGACAUCAAGUCAGAUGAUACUUUCCUCUUGGAAUUGUUGAAGGCAGCCAGCAACUUUAAACUUGAUACUCUGAAAAAUAGGUGUGAGCAGGCUCUCAUGUCCUCAGUCAGUGUGAAGAAUUGUAUCAGAUAUUACCAGACGGCUGAGGAAAUCGGUGCUGAAUUACUGAAAAAACAUUGCUCAGAGCUGAUUUCUAACCAUUGGAAUGACUUCACAAGUGAAGAUUUUGCCUGUAUGCCAGCUCCAUUGUUAUACAGUAUGUUUAAAACCAAGACCCAGUACCCUCUGCACACAGCUAUCCGCACUCAGAGGGAGGAUGUGGUCUUCCUAUAUCUCAUUGAAUUUGAUUCUCUGCUGCCAGGGAAGUUGAAUGAAUUGGACAACAGAGGGGAUUUGCCUUUGGACCUUGCUCUUCAAGCUAAACAAGAAAGUAUAGCCCAAACACUCGUAGGGCAUAAAGUAGAUGUUAAUAAAACUGACAACUCUGGAAGAUGCUUGCUACAUAAAGCUAUCAGAAGAGGAGAUGAAUUCUCAGCCAGCUUCCUAAUCAAAAAUGGUGCCAAUGUGAACGCUGCCUCCCACAUAGAGAAGGAGACAGCCCUGCACAUGGUGGCCUCCUUCAACCCAGACGUCACAUCCCCAGACACUCUGGCAGGCAUGGCCAGGAUAGCAAAACAGCUCCUGGAGGCUGGGGCAGACACCAGUGCUCAGGACACUGCUGGAAAUACUCCACUUCAUAGAGCAGUAUCAUCAAAGCAUGAGGCAGUGUUCAGCACUCUCUUAUCUCAAAACAACCUGAAACUAGAGCUGCAAAAUGCGGAUGGUCAAACUGUGUUGUGGCUAGGGCUGCUGGACAGUGCUGGACAGAGUAUAGAUGACAACAGCUUUGCUGCAAGGCUCAUUAAGGCUGGAAGUUCACCUGAUGCUGUUAACAGUGAAACAGGUGACUGCCUGUUACACUUGACCAGCAGAGCAGGGAUGGAAGCAGCAGCUUUGUUUUUAGUGAGCCAUGGUGCUAAGCUGAACCUGAUUAAUGCAAAGGGUGAGGCCCCACUUCACACAGCAGCACAGAAGGGACUGGCAGAGUUGGCUGCCAUGUUACUGGCCAAGGGAGCCAAUCCUAACAGUCAGACCACCGCCAAUCUUGACACUACCAUGGCAACACUAGGAUUUGAAGAGGAAUCCCCGCCUGUUAGCAAGCAAACACCACUUCACCUAGCUAUUCUUAACAAGCAUGUCAACGUAGUAAGAGUUCUCUUGGAGCACAAAGAGAAAGCCACUCGUUCCACUGAUAAUACAACUAUAAUUCCAAACUUCAACAUCAAGGAUUCCAGAGGGCACACAGCAUUAGGUUUGUCCCUGUGGAACGGCUUUAAUGACAUAGCAGUACAGCUGCUGAAUGGGGGAGCAAACAUCAACGAAAAGGAUGAAGAAAAUAUGACACUCCUGCACCAAGCAAUCAUGAAUCAAGAUGUCCCUAGUUGUCUUUUCCUUUUAGAGAAUAAAGCAGAUAUCAGUGCCAGAACUGCAGACAACGAGUCUCCCUUACAGCUUGCCAUUAAGCGCCACCUGCCAGUGGUUGUAGAUGCACUGUGUUCUCGCGGUGUUGACAUGAAUGUAAUGGAUGCAGAAGGCAACUGUCCACUGUGGCAAGCUCUGGAGACAGGCCAGGAGGAUGUGGCUUCUAUUUUGGUGCGCCAUGGCUGUGACACCAACAUGUGGGGCCCAGGUCCUGAUGGAUGUGAACAAACUCUGCUGCACAGAGCUAUUGAUGAGAACAAUGAAGCUGUGGCUUGCUUCCUCAUAAGAAGCAUGUGUGAUGUGAACAGUCCCAGAAGACCAGGACCCAAUGGAGAAGGGGGAGAGGAAGCAAGAGAUGGGCAGACCCCUCUCCACCUAGCAGCCACCUGGGGUCAAGAAAUGGUGGUCCAGUGUCUCAUUGAACACAAUGCUGUCAUCAAUGCUCAGGAUGCAGAAGGAAAAUCUCCAAUCCAUGUGGCAAUCAACAACCAGCACACUGUGAUCAUCUCCCUGAUGUUGUCUCACCCAGGACUGAACCUGGCCGCCAGGGACAGACAGGGGCAGACACCAUUUGCUGCUGCCAUGACAACCAAGAAUAACAAAGCUGCGCAGGCUAUUUUAGACCGUGAACCAAGGGCAGCGGAGCAGCUUGAUAACCGAGGCAGAAACUUUCUGCAUGUGGCCAUCCAAAAGUCAGACAUAGAGAGUGUCCUGUUCCUGAUCAGUGUCCAUGCUGAUGUGAACUCCAGAGUGCAGGACUCCCACAAGUUCACUCCUCUACAGCUGGCUGUCAUGGCGAGCUCUGAAAUUAUAGUCAGAAAUCUAAUCUUAGCUGGUGCUAAUGUGAAUGAAUUGACCCCAAGCAAGCAAACGGCUUUACACCUGGCAGCAGAGAAUGACCAGACCAGCAGUAUUUGUAGUGUGCUCCUAGAGAAUGGGGUGGACUGUGACGCUCUGGAUGCAGGCAUGAAUAAUGCCCUCCAUGUAGCAGUCCAGCAUGGCAAUCUCAAUGUGUGCCGAGUGCUGCUUACUGAGUCGAGGAUUAAUGCUGAAGCCAUCAACAUGAAGGGACAGACGCCAAUGCAUGUACUGGGUCAGUAUGGAAGGGAGAACGCUGCGGCCAUUUUUGAGUUCUUUUUAGAAUGCAUGCCAGAAUAUCCUAUAGAUAAACCUGAUGCUGAGGGAAACACAGUUCUUUUGCUGGCGUACUUAAAUGGCAAUGGACACUUAUGUCGUGCAAUUGUCCGUGCUGGUGCUAUGAUGGGCAAUGUGAACAGACAAGGGAUGUCUAUAUUCAAUGCACCUGUAGCUACCAAACAGUUACUAUUCAAGCUGUUAGAUAUGCUAGCCAAGGAGCCUCCCUGGACAGAUGGAGAAAAUUGCGAGGAAUGUGCAACUAAAUUCGGAAUUAAAACCAGAAAACAUCAUUGUCGUCACUGUGGUCGUCUGUUGUGCAAUAAGUGUUCAGAUAAGGAUAUCCCUAUCAUCAAAUAUAACCAGCCCAAGCCAGUCCGUGUUUGCCAGAUCUGUUUUGAUGUACUUACACUAGGAGGAGAGAUGUAGGCAGAAAUCCCCGGAUGAAUUAUUUCAAACCCAUUUCAGCUCCGCUUUGUUCUUGUUAUGCAGUGACAAAGAUGUUUAGUUGCUUUCAUAGCGUACUUCACGUCAACUUGUUGUAUUUAUGAACUAAGAAUGAACAAAAAAUGUGUGUUAGAAUUCUAGCUAUAUCUAGUUGACCACCAUAUGAAAGUCAUAUAGUUGUGUUGACAGAAACUAGCUGUGUAUCUUGCUGAAUGGAGAUAGUAAGGGAGAAGCUAACAUUCUAGAUACUUGACAAAAAUUGAAUGAAAACCCAUUCCUAUUGGACAUGUUAAAACCAAAACCCAAACUAAGGUUGCUGUAGAGAAACCAAAACCCAAAUUGAGCAACUUGAAACAAAUGAGAAAAUUUUGUGUAUUAAAAUAUAAAUCCUGUAUUGUUUUAAUGCUGAUUGACAACAGAAUUUUUCACAAAUGCAUAUCAUUUGUUGUGAAGUAUGAAGAAGUCUCUCUUUGUCAGUGUUCACUGGUACAUUUAUAUCAGUGCCACCUAAAUUAUAGCAAUUUGUAAUUUUUUUUUCAUAUUCCUAUCUUAUCUAGUUGUAUGUUGACUUCAUAAUUACACAAUGUUUGCUAGUUGGAAAGUAAGUGUAGUGUACAGGUAGUGUUCAUGUACAGUUCUUUUGUCCUCAUGUGGGACAGCCAUAGGUGUUCAAGUAGACUAUAGGUUUUCUUCUAAUUUAUUUCCAUUAGAAUGGAAAAAUUAUGCCCAAUUUUUUGCUAAGGUUAGCAACAAGCACACAAAUUCAGAUAUUUGUAAUUUUGGAAGCAUAUUCCAUUCACUGUUGUUAAGCUUAUUGUUAAAGGCUCUUGCUUGUUUUUCAACAAAACCAUACUGCUUCAGAUCAUAGAAAUAUGUUAACUAUCACAAAAAUUGAUGAAAAUAAUGGAUCAAAAAGGUACCAAAUCCGGAUCAAAGUACGCAAAUAGGAUCACCAGAAAUCUGUUUAAGCGCCAAAAGUACGUGGACUUGUAAUCCUGAUAAUGUCAAUUUAAUGUAUAAAGUUGAAUUUUGAAAUCCCAAGAAAGGCAUUUCAUGACUUUAAGUGAAUAUUGCCUUCCUCUGGCGUUCUCUGUCAUAAUACUAAACUGCAAAUUGAAUCCAUUAAAGUCAAAUUUAAAGUAAAUACAAUUUUAUUUGAUACCUGGACUUAAAUUAACAGUAGAGGGUAAAAGGAUUUGUUACCUUAUAGCCUCUUUCAAAAAGCAUUACCUCUAGCUAUUUUACGUUCAGCUUCUUAUUUAAGUACUAAAUAUUUAAAACUUUCAUAUCAGUGAUGUCAGACUAGUCGUUUUAAUUCUUUUUUGUCUUUUUAUCAUGGUCAAUAAAGUUUUCCAGUAACAAUUUAGAUUUAAAAUGUCAGGUACACACGUUAUCCAGUUUUCUCGUGUCAAUAAAUAUUGU